GAUCCCUGGUCUUGGAAGAAAAUGGUAAGGAAGCGUUGAGUUUUGUCUGUAUUCGAUAGUAGGUUUAACCAAAGGAAGUUGAUUGUUUGAAUCUUGAUGUUCAUUAAUUCAAAACAUGUGGUUAGUAUUUUAUAGUUGUAAGGUGGGUUUUAAAAGGGUAGCCAAACUCAAGUGAUCCAACAGAAUCUGGUGAAGAGAGAAUCUUAGAAAAAAAGAAUCAUCUUUGGCCGGGGAGACAGUAGAAAACUAGUUGGUAAAUAUAAUGGAAACAUGUUUGGCAAAGGUGUUGUUUAGGAGGGAAUGGAGUUGGGAAGAGAACAAGGAGUUUGAGGUGGCACUGGCAGCAGUUGAUGAGAAACACCCACAUCGCUGGGAAGUGGUUGCGGCCAUGAUCGGAUCGGGACAAAAGACUGCCGAGGAUGUUCACAAACAUUAUGUCAUUCUUUUGGAGGAUUUGCAUCUCAUUGACUCUGGUCAUUUUGAUCACAAAUUACUACCAGUAGCAGUAGAAGAUCAUCCCCACAACAACUUUCUACAAUGUAACAAUUUGCUUGUUCAGUUGAACCUGGGCUAAUCUGCUGGGCAUCAAGUAUCCACAGAAGCAAAUUGAUUAUCUUAUUCUGAAUGCAAUUUCCAAAAAGACCACGGAACAUGAUAUAUAUGAAGCAAUUCUAAUGGGUCACGUGAAGUGUAUAUUGUAAAUGUGGUCAAUUUCUUCUCGCAAUACAGAAAGUUUCAGUGAAAAGUGUUUCUUGUAGCA